CACACACACAGAGAGAGACGCAUAGGCAGCCGCAGCAACAGCAACAACGUCGGCGCAGCGCAAUGACCGAGGAAUUGAAAGUGGUGCUGCGUCGCAGUCGCAGCGAGCAGCAUUCCGGUUUCGGUUUUUCGCUGCUUGGGACAACUGGACCGCCGCAUGUCAUCUACGACAUUGUCGAGAAUUCGCCGGCCGCCGAUUGCGGUGCGGUUGAAGCUGGCGACGUUAUAUUAAAAGUCAAUGGCAUCGAUGUGCAUCGCCACACAACGAAAGAAGUACUCAAGUGCUUGCGUCUGUCGGAGAAUUUAGUUACCUUGGAACUGAAACGAGAUCCAAAGUUAAAAGCGCGCAUUAAAGAGCAAUUGGCCAACACGCAGAGUCCGCAUUACGUGGACAUUGAAUCUCCCAUCAAUAUCUACGAUUAUAGCAGUAGUCCCAAGCAUCAACGUCAGCAUCAGCAUCAGCAUAAUAAGGGCGCGACCACGCCCACAAAUGCUGGUGGUUCGCCGGCGUUGCGCUAUAAAUCGCCAACGCAUUUGCCUUCGCUGCGCCAACAAUCGCCAACAGCAACUGCUGGAACAACAGCAAUCGUAACAACAACACAACAACAACACACGCACAGUCGCAACUCUUCCGGUGGUAGCUCGACCAAGAUCCAAAUGGUGGAAUCGAUCACCAGCAUUACGACAAGCAUAAGCAACAGUAAUUUAGUGGUUGCCACUUCUCCGACAGCAGCAGCUGUUGCCGGAGGCGCCGACAGCGUUGCCACAUCGCCCACAUUUCGACCCUCACGCAUUCCACAGGCACUGAAAGCCGUCGCCGCACCGCCCAAGUUGCCACAAUUGCAGUCGCCGCAGCACAAGCGACCACGACCCUCCCAAAUACCAACGAAGGCAGCCAACGGCGGCAACAACGGUCUGCAACAGUUGCCGUUGCAACACUCGAAUAGCUACAGCGGCAGUCCGGCCGUAAGCCGUCAGCGUUAUACAGAACGUAGCGAACCGGAACCGGAACCAAAUUCGGCACCGCCACAACCGGCGAAGGCGCCCCGCUUCGAAGCAUAUAUGAUGACCGGUGAUCUAAUCCUGAAUCUAUCCAGAACGCCACAGUCAAGCAAUCUGCUAACGGCGCAAGCCAAGAAGGUGGACAGUUUGCGUGACUUUCCCAAACGCAAUCUGGGUAAUGCGCGUCCAAAUGGCGCCUUAGCACCACGUGCCUCAGGCGAAUCUUCGCCCACAUCUUCCUCAUCAGUUGAUUCGCCCACCAAUACGGCCAGUUCGGAUUCGGUGAAGCGUGAGGCAAAGUUGCAACAACAACAACAAAGAGGCCAACAGCAGCAACAGCAGCAGCAACGUGACAGCAUCAAUAACAGUUACAAUCGUCGGGAUUCGUUGACCAACGAUACCUUGGUGUUGUGCGAGGAGCUGGAGCGGGAUGAGGAUGCCACCGUUGGUGACUACGGCGACAAUAAGCGACAACAGCAACAACGUCAAGCGCAGCAACAGCAACGCUAUCGACAACAGCAGCAACAGCACCAACAACAGCAACAAGAACAACAGCGCUAUGAGUACUACCAAAACGAGGACGAACUGGGGGAGGAGGAGGAUGGGGAUCCGGAGGAGCGUGAAGAGGAUCAAACGCACUACGACAUCACCAACAUCGAGACAUACCAGAGUGGACAGGGACGUGGCGACGACGAGGACGACAGCGAUCGUCAGUGUCUGGUUGAUGAUGAUGACGACGAGGACAAUGUUGACUACGAUGAGGAGGAGAACGAUGCCGGCGAUGAGGAGUACUCGACCAAUUCCCUAGGCUCCGGCUCGGCCAAACAACGGAUGCGUGCCCUCAAACAACGCAGCAUUUUGCGGCAACAACAACAGCUGCAACAGCAGCGAAAUCGUGAUGCCGUCGAUUGUGCCGGUCGUGGUGGAUUGGCGGCUGGCAUUGGUUAUUCGGUUGCCUCGACAUCCAACUCAUCGGGGACGGUGAAAAGCGAGGCGAUCUUGGGUCACGGCCAGGAUGAAACCUCGUACUCAGUGCCAACAUCACCCAUAUCGCUGUCGGCGCCGCUCAUCGACAAGGAGAUGGCCAGUUCGGUGCCGACCAGUCCCGAGCCCAGCUCUUUGGCUGCUGCUGUCGAGUCGAGCAAUGGUGGCGCCGGUGCUGGUUCUGGUGGUUCUGGGUCUGGUGGUGUUGUGGUGCGUCGCCACAAUGGUCAUGUGGUGCGCAAGUGUGAUGCAGCCGGUUUUCGUACCAGCAAAUCCGAGGAUCAUCUGCAGCAGAUACAGCGCGAGGGCAUUGCCGCUGUGAUACCCAUCGAUAUCGAUGAGGAUGUGAAUAGCUCGCUGAAUACGCUGCUCGAUACACGCCACGAUUCGGAGGAUUCGCAGUCGACAACAACGACGGCAUCAACGGUUAAGAACAACUCGUCGUCGGCGCUGAACAACAACGAGAACGCAAACGACGAGUUUGACUCGAGCAGCAACAACAAUAACAAUAACAAUGAGGCCACAGCCGAAUUGCCGCCAUUAUCACCAAGUAAAGCAGCAGCAACAACAACAACAACAAUAACCGCAACAGCAGUAUCAGCAACAACUAGCCGAGGCUGCAGCAACAAAUUAAACUAUAUUUUACGCAAAAAGGCAUCAAAUCGCGAUCGCAUCGUGUGGACUUACAAUGCCCCGCUGCAGCCACAUCAGUUGCAGCAACUGCAGCAACAGCAGCAACUGCAGCAACAGCAGCAACUGCAGCAACAGCAGCAACUGCAGCAACAGCAGCAGCAACAGCAGCAAUACUACGGUCAGCAAUCGCAUUCAAAUUCACAUUCAAGUUCCAUUAGUUCAUCACCACAGCAUUCGGCAGCCGGCAGUCCGGCCUCACCCACAUCGGUGUCCUCGUCCGUAAUGUCCUCGUCGGGCUCGAGGAGCGCACCAGUCGCUCAGCAGCAGCAGCAGCAGCAACUCGCACAGCAGCAGCAACUCGCGCAGCAGUCAACUGUUGGCACGCCGGGUCUGUUGGGCUGUCCAAAUGGUGGUGGUGCUAAUGGUGGUGGUGGUGGUGGUGGUAGUAGUGCUAAUGGUGGUGGUUUUGGCAACGAUCAGAGCGUCUCCGAGGCCAUCUCAAAUAUCUCUAGUCCCGACUAUCAAGACGACGAUAACUUAUUGAGUUCUCGCGAUAUUUUAGGCGGCAUGGUACUUAGCGAUCCCAGCGACUCGGACUCCACCAUUCUCGUCUCGGAUGCGGCCGCCCAGCAGCGCCAGCAGCAGCAGCAACACAAACAACAGCUGCGUGCCCAGCAACAGCAGCAGCGGGAGCGAGAGCGGGAACGUGAACGUGAUCCCUCAGAGCAUAAGCUGGUCAUCCAGGUGCGUGGCAAGGAUAGCAAUGCGAGCAAUACGAGCAGCGCCGCCACACGAUCCUCCGAGGAGGAUGGCGGCGGUGGCGGCAACAACAACAGCACCGAGGAGCCGCUCACAGCUUUGGCAACGGCUGGCCGGGAUGGAUCACCGCCCGUUUCGGAUGAUGGCAGCGAUGUGGAGUCGCUGCACUCGUAUCAUUACUCACCCAAGGCGGUGGACAUGCCAUCGGCCAUACGCCUGGCCAAAAGACUGUAUUCCCUCGAUGGUUUCAAGAAGAGCGACGUGUCGCGGCAUCUCAGCAAAAACAACGACUUUAGCCGCGCUGUGGCCGAUGAAUAUCUGAAGCAUUUUAAUUUCGAUAAGAAAUCCUUGGAUCUAGCACUGCGCGAAUUCCUGCAGCAAUUCUCGCUGUCGGGCGAGACACAGGAGCGUGAACGCGUCCUUGUGCAUUUCUCGAAACGUUUCCUCGACUGCAAUCCGGGCACGUUCAACUCACAGGAUGCGGUCCACACGCUCACCUGCGCCAUUAUGCUGCUGAACACAGAUCUGCAUGGGCAGAACAUCAAUCGCAAAAUGAGCUGUGCCGAGUUCGUUGACAAUUUGGCCGAUCUCAACGAUGGCGAGAACUUUCCCAAGGAUGUGCUCAAGUAUUUGCAUCAGGCCAUCAAAACGAAGCCGCUCGAAUGGGCGCUUGAUGAGGAAACUGCCGAAUCGCAGCAGCAGCGUGCCAAUAAUAAUACUACACUGACUGGCGUCAGUCAGAAUCCGUUCCUGGAUGCACCCGAAUCAGCCACAGCCAUUGAGUACAAAAAAGGCUACGUGAUGCGCAAAUGCUGCUACGAUACUAGUUUUAAGAAGACACCAUUUGGUAAACGUUCGUGGAAAAUGUUUUUCAUAACGCUGCGCGAUCUUGUUCUAUAUCUGCACAAGGACGAGCACGGCUUUCGCAAAAGUCAAAUGUCCGACAAUCUGCACAAUGCGAUACGCAUACAUCACGCACUGGCCACUAUGGCCAAUGACUACACUAAGAAGCAACAUGUGUUCCGGCUGCAAACCGCCGAUCAGGCUGAGUAUCUCUUCCAAACGAGCGACUCCAAGGAGCUGCACUCCUGGGUGGAGACAAUUAAUUAUGUUUGUGCAGCGUUUUCAGCGCCCCCACUCGAAGGCGGCGUCGGCAGUCAGAAGCGUUUCCAGCGCCCUCUGUUGCCCAGUGCGCAAACCAAGCUGCUAAUGAAGGAACAGCUCGAGUCGCAUGAGGUGCAAGUGGCUCAGUUAAAGCAUGAGCUAAAUGAGCAUCAAAAGGCGCCAGUGCCUAGCAAAGGAUUGCCUUUGCAGAACUUUAAAGAGAAGGAGAGCUAUUUGCAAUAUGAGCUCCGUCGCUAUGAGGCGUAUGUAAGCAUUCUAACUGCCAAGCUGCUCGCCGAUCAGCAGCAGCCAUUGGAAUUGCAACCGAUAACAACGACAACAACAACACCAACGCUCGAGGAGGACGCAGACACAUUCCCCGUGGGCAACAGUAGCGCGCCCACAACGCCGCAAAGUAUUAACAGUCAACAGCAGCAGCAACAACAGCAGCAGCAGCAGCAGCAGUCAACUAAUAGCAGCAGCAGCAGCAGCAGCAGGUACAGUCAGCAACAGCAGCUGCGGGCAAGGAACUCCUCAUCCAGCGGCAAUGCCCAACAGGACAUUGGCUGACGCGUAAUGGGAGUUUUCUCAGCUUGUGUGGUUUAAUUGCAAAUACCCUUACCCAUUUCUUAAAAUGUUUCUUUCUUUUUGUUUACGUGUUGUGUUCCUUGGUUUCCGCUUGUUUUUGUUUUUGUUGUCAUUGUUGGUCAGCUUGUUUUCAAUUAGUUGUUAUCCACACUUGUGUAAAUACAAAAUGUUGUUCAAAAUGGUUUGUGCACACCUUUGUCCUUCUCUGUCCUGUGUCCUGUGUCCUCUGUCCUUCGCCCCAAGCGUGCAAUUAUCAGAUCACGCAAAAAGCUUUAAUCAUCAAUUAUCAAAUGCCUAAACAAUAAUUCAGACUUACAAGUUGCGCUCGCGUAGGCAAUUAAAAUAUAUAUAUAUCAAGCAAAAAAAAGGCCUAAUCUAAUUAGUUCAUAUAAAAUAGAUUUAUUUCUUUGUUCUUUUUUUGUUGUUCUUAAACAAACGAAAGCCACACAACUUACUGUGAAAACUCUAAGGAAAAUUAAUAGAAUUUUAAGCGAACAAAAGUUGAACAAAUCAAAAAGAAAAAAAAACAAAAACAAAAAAACAACGUUUUUUGUAGCACUCGUAGUAAAAACUCAAAUUUUUGGCGUUAAAAACAAUAUAUAGAAGACAAAAGAAAAAAAGAGAAGAACUCAAAUGUGGUUCAAAAGUAGUUACGUUUAAUGUUUAUACCUUGCCGAACAAAAGCAUUCUAAAUAUACAUAAUACAUACAUAUUAAAUCGGAUAUAUCGUUUUCAAAGCGAAUUCAAAAUCGAAAACAUUUUAAUAUAGAGUUAUAAUAUGAUUAGAGCUCUUUGAGACAUAUGCGCACAUUAUAAUGUUUCUGUUGAUACAUACAUAUACAUAUGUAAUUGUCGCCUAUAGUUGUUGGACAUACACACACACACACAAUCACACACACACACACACAUCAUGCAUACUCUGAUGUAUACUAUGUAUAAGAUUCAUGCUAACAAAGUGGACAAAAAACCCAUGCGAAAAAACAAACAAACAACAAAACAAUGCUGCUUGUGUUUUCAGCAUUAAUUAAUUCCCUCAAUAUUCUGUUGCGUUAUGUUUCACAUGAAAAAAAAAAACAAAAAAACGACAAAGCACAAAACCAAACACAAAGAAUUCUUGAAUUUUUACAGAUGGUUCGGCGGCGCCUGCUGUUGUCUCGCGCCCUGGCGGCAAUUGCUCUCCUAUUUCGAAUGCA